GGCGCUGGCUCCAGGAAGUGCCCGUGGCGCUGUGGUGGGCGGAGAGUUAGCGCGGGGCGGACUCGGGCUGGGCACAGGCAGGGGGCAAAAUGUCGGAGAGGAAGGUUUUGAAUAAAUACUACCCGCCGGAUUUCGAUCCGUCUAAAAUCCCGAAGCUCAAGCUCCCAAAGGACCGGCAGUAUGUUGUGCGGUUGAUGGCUCCGUUCAACAUGAGGUGCAAGACUUGUGGUGAGUACAUCUAUAAAGGCAAGAAGUUUAAUGCCCGCAAAGAGACUGUUCAGAAUGAAAUGUACCUGGGGCUUCCCAUCUUUCGCUUCUACAUCAAGUGCACCCGCUGCCUGGCAGAAAUCACAUUCAAGACGGAUCCUGAGAACACAGACUACACCAUGGAACAUGGCGCCACUCGGAACUUCCAAGCUGAGAAGCUGUUGGAGGAAGAGGAGAAGAGGGUGCAGAAGGAACGAGAGGAGGAAGAGCUGAACAAUCCCAUGAAGGUUUUGGAGAACCGGACGAAGGACUCCAAGCUGGAGAUGGAGGUUCUGGAGAACCUGCAAGAGCUGAAGGAGCUGAACCAGCGUCAGGCAAAUGUGGACUUUGAAUCCAUGCUGAAGCAGUAUAAGGACUAUGAGGAAGAGCGGAAACGAAGGGAGCUAGAGGAGGAUGAGACGGAGAUGAAAGCUAUGCUGGAACAAGCCCAGAGCAGGCGAUUCCUGGAAGACUCUGACUCUGAUGAGGAAGCUACCCAAGUGCCCUCAAGAUCAGGACCGAAAACGAAACCUACAGACAUCUUGCAGGAGGAUACUGAGCCCCAGAGUAAGAAGCUAAAGACUGAAAGCUGGGAGAGGAGUGUGGGCAAACUGAACAGCAAGUCCCAGCUGGCAGGCCUGGUCACUGUGAAGAAACAGACCCCGGGCUCCACCACAGCUAACGGUGUGGGGAAGCAAACUACACAACAAAGCUCAGAUGCUGGAAGUUGGAGCUCCUCACUACCUGCUGUGACCCAGCCCCCAUCAGCAGCCCAGGGCUCUUCCCUCAGCCUGUUGGGGGCGUAUUCAGACAGCGAAGACAGUACCAGUGAUUGAGUUGGUGGGUCUCUGCUGAGAGCUCUCACUCCACUUCCUUACCCUGCUGGAGUAGAGCGAGGCCAGGGGUUGGCAAUAGGGCAGAGUUUCCUCUCUUCACCCCACCACCAGGCAGCUGCUGUCCUAAUAACCAAAUCCUGCCAGAGAGCUGGCGUCCUUGUGCAUAGAAGAUCCCAGUGGGAUUCCCAGGCCGUCUGCACACAUGGCCAGUCAUGUGUAAUCGGAGCUGCUCUCCCUUCCUGGAAACCCCUAAUGUACCGUCAUGUUGCAGCAUUCCUUCAAACUGGGAUACAGGAGUACUGCUUCCAAUGCAACCAGAUUGCCUGCAGGCAUCUCUUCCCAUUAAACAUCCAUCAAUCUGGGCUCCUGUCAGCCUGUCGUGAGUGAUGGUGGCACCAGCAAACCAGAGCUGCCCAGGGGAAGAAUCUCUAUUAGAUGAGACACGCUUCCUCUUUCCAGCCUCUUCGGAGAAAGGUUCCCGACCAUGUGUUUGGGGAGAUUGGGGAGUAGAAAGUGGCGAUAGCGGGAGCAGAGCCCCAAAGCAUGUCGGAAGGGGCUGAGAGCAGCAGGUCACCUACUGCGGCUGGAAUCCAUCAUGCUGUCUUUAUCGAAAGCCUUGUCAUCAGCAGCUAAGUGGAGGGUAAUGAAGUGUGUGGUUCUAUAUACCAGCAUCUCCCUCACCGCGCAGCAGUCUCCUGGAAUUCCUGUAAAGCCCAGUCUGUCACCAGGCCCCUCUGUUAACUCUUCCCGUGUCUGAAUUCUUGGCAUGGGGCUGCGAUUUAAUGUGUAACUUGUUUUGCUCUUCUCUUGUGUCCUCCUCAACAUGGCUACAUUUAGCCUGUGCUAAAGCGAGAGGCAGCGCUGAUGCCUCUCGUUUCCCAUGAGGAUCAUGGAAUUUUUAACACCGUUUAACUUCAGAUGUAAUAAAGGAUUCUGAAGAGCA